CACCAUCCCAUCCCUGACGCCGCGAGACCACGACAGGUGCGCGGAUAUUUCAACAAUAAGAUAAACUUUCCCAGCCCACAUUUGACGUCUUGGGCAAAUCCAGAAUCAUGUUCCUCUUCGGUGUCCUACUCCUCGCAGCAUCAGCCUACGGGCAAGGCUCAAUCCAGCACUGCAUCCACACCAACGCCGAGCAGCUGUCGGCAGACGUCGUCAUCGGGAAAGUGAUGAAUGAUAUGGACACCAACAAAGACCAGUACAUCUCCGACCUGGAGCUGCUCAUCGAGUUUGUCGGACGGUUUGACAGCAACGCCGACAGUAUGAUCACACGCGAGGAGUUCAUCCCCAAGUGGCACGAAUAUUACAAGGACGUCCCAGAAUUCGCCGAAUACCUCUUCGACCACUUCGACCGCACCAACGACGGUUUCUUGGGCCUGUACGACGUUCCCGGUCUCAAGGCGCUGGUGGAUCUGGACACCGAUGGCAGAGUAUCUGAAGUGGAAUUCACCAUCUACAUGACACAUCUGUACCAAGACUGUGUCCCUCACUCACACAAGGACCCAACCGCCUAAUUCUACCACGGACAACACAACUGAAGCAAAUAAAUCAAACUAGAAUUGUU